GGAAGAAAAUAAAUACGAACAGCUGCUUUUUUUUUUUUGCUGAGGAUCCCUCUCCCUUUGGAGUGAGCCUAUAAAGGAUUUUCUAAGGAGGAAGUUCAUCUUUUUUUUUUCAUCUUCUGCCAUUGCUAUAUUAUUAAAUAAUUUAUUUGUUCCUGAUAUGUAAUAUUGAGGGCAGCUUCCUCCUUAGGCAGGGGGACAAGGAAGCAUGUACAGCUGCCAUUUACUUUGCCUGCUGGCUGCUUGUGUGUGUGUGACAGGAGGUGCAGGGCUGCUUACAACCAGCGACACCGGCUACGCUGCUGCUGUCACCUCCUCCCUCCUGCAGCUGCAGCAUCAUCUCCUGAUCUGCCAGGCUUGGGGUAGCAGCCCCUAUUGCUGUUCAUUAGGGACCCGUUUAUUGAGUGAACAUUUCUCUUGUUUGCAUAGAGGGAUAUGUGAAUGAACCAGGGAUUGAUAUGAUGCUUCACCGGGAGAUAUUCAUGAUGCACAACCAUUGAUACCACUCCCUCGAUUGUUACCACCUACAAUGAUAAUGGAAGAAGCAGCAAACGAUGGCUGCAAUAAGAGCUGUGAUAUAAAGACUGCCAGGCUCUGGAGAGAUGCAGCUUUGCGCUCUAGGAAACUGAGGAGUAGCUUGCGCCAGCUCACCCUAAGCUGUGGAGGGGAGCAGAGCAAACUCACACUCCCAGAGGACUUGGGAGAUGUAGAGGUACUUAACCUGGGGAAUAACUCCCUGGAAGAGGCACCAGAAGGUCUAAGACGAUUAUCUACAGGUAACCUCCAUGUUUUGAUCCUACGCAGGAACAAGUUCCUCAAUGUACCCUCUGCAGUGUAUGAAUUGGGUCGGCUGACUGAGUUGGAUAUGAGUCACAACAGACUGAGUUGCCUGACUGAGGCUGUGGGGCUGCUGAGCCAACUCAAGAAAUUGUGUCUGAGCCACAACCAGCUGCAGACACUACCACGCCAAGUGGGCUCCUUAAUUUUCCUGGAGGAGUUGGAUGUGAGUUUCAACAGGAUCACCCACCUGCCUGACACCAUACAGUGGCUGCCCAAGCUUAGAGUACUGGAUCUGGACCACAAUCAGCUGACCUGCUUCCCUUCCCAGCUCAUGCACCUGCCUAGUCUGGAGGAGCUGGACUUCUCUGGAAACAAGAUGCUUGGUAGCAACUGCAACGGUUCCUUACCUGAUGAGAUCAGGUCCAUGCAGUCUCUAAAGAUCUUAUGGUUGAGUAGAACUGGGAUCUAUACCUUGCCUGACUCUUUUUGUGACCUGAUUAGUUUAGAGAGCCUUAUGCUGGACAACAACAACCUCAGUUGUUUGCCUGAACGUUUUGGAUCACUACAGCAGCUUAAAAUGAUCAACAUAUCCUCCAAUACCUUCCAAGACUUCCCCCAAUCUCUGCUGCAGAUGUUGGAUUUAGAGGAGCUUUACAUGAGUCGCAACAGGUUGACUGUAGUGCCAGAAGAAAUCUCCAUAUUGUCAAAGUUAGUGACCCUUUGGCUGGACAACAACAAGAUCAGGUAUCUACCUGAUUCCAUUGUGGAACUCAGUUUCCUAGAGGAACUUGUGUUACAAGGUAACCAAAUUGCAAUCCUUCCAGACAACUUUGGGAAGCUAUCUAAAGUUAAUAUCUGGAAGAUCAAAGACAACCCUUUAAUACAGCCUCCUUAUGAGGUAUGCAUGAAAGGUAUCCCUUAUAUUGCUGGUUAUCAAAAAGAGCUUGCUCAUUCACAGCCUGCUGUCAAACCAAGGUUAAAACUGGUACUUACUGGUCUUAAAGAUGCUGGUAAGACGGUGCUGAGGCACUGCUUGACCGAUGGUCAGGAAGUUAACCCCAUGGUGCAAGGAAAUAAAGGGAUAGAGGUAACUAACUGGACUGCUGAUGAGGAAAGGGGGAUAACUUUUAUAGUUUAUGACCUUGCUGGAGACCAGAGUUAUGACUUAAUCAAACCAUUUUUUCUUUCUCCUGGUGCUCUCUAUGUCUUAGUUGUAAAUUUAAAAUCUUAUGUUUCUAAGCAAUUUCAUGCAUAUGUGGGUUAUUUUUUACAUUUUAUCAGUGCCAAGGUACCACAUGCCGUUAUUUGUAUAGUUGGGACCCAUGCAGACUUAUGUGAUGAAAAAGAGCUUGAGGAAAAAUGCCUUGAUAUACAUCACCAAAUAUCUCUUCAGGAAAAGAAUGAUUCUGAGAGCGUGCAGGGCCUGGCACAAAUAGUUGAUGAAGCUCUAAGCCAAGAUCAUGACUUGCGUGCCUCAAAUCCCCAUACAACUUUUUAUGGUGUUAGUGAUAAAAAUCUAAGAAGGAAGAAAGCUCAGUUGCAAUAUUUAAUGAACAAUCGCCUACAGAUUCUAUCUCCAGUACUCUGUGUCAGCUGUCACGAUUACUCUAACAUCAGGCGCUUGAGGGAAAAGUUAUUGUCCGUCGCAGAGCACAGGGAAAUCUUCCCAAACUUGCAUCGAGUUCUUCCAAAAUCCUGGCAAAUGCUGGAAGAAUUGCACUUUAAACCUCAGGAGCUAUGGCUCACCUGGUGGGACUCGGCCAGGUUAGGACUACAGGCAGGGCUUACUGAAGACAGGCUACAGAGUGCUCUUUCCUAUCUACAUGAAAGUGGGAAGUUGCUAUACUUUGAGGACAACCUGACUCUUAAAGAGUACGUUUUCCAUAAUCUGACAAAACUGAUUGACAUUUUGAAUGUCUUUUUUCAGAGGGAUGCUACAGUUUUAUUGCAAAAACUAACAAUUGAUGCCAAGGUAGAUGAACUGAGGACAGCUCAACUUCACCAUUACGUGGAAGGUUUUCUCUUGCAUGGACUUCUUCCCAUUCACAUCAUCAGAUUACUCCUAAAACCACAUAUCAAAACAAAUGAGGAUUUGCAUCUUAUCCUGGAACUCUUGGAAAAAAUGGGGUUGUGCUAUUGUAUCAAUAAACCUAAAUCUAAACCUCUGAAUGGGGCUAUUGCCUGGUAUACAUUUCCUUGCUAUGUAAAGAAUGAGAUGCCACACGCAGAGGCCUGGAUUAAUGGUACAACCAUAUCAGGACAGUCUUUAGCAGUGGAACAGUUGCAGAUAGAAUACCAUUUUCCAUUUAUCUUCCCCCCUGGAUUAUUUGCACGUUUUAGUGUGCAGAUUAAUAAUCAUAUAGUCCAUCGUUCAGAUGGUAAAUUUCAGAUUUUUGCCUACAGGGGAAAAGUGCCUGUGGUGGUAAGUUUUCGACAGGCUCGAAGUACGCUACAACCAGAUAUUUUAUCUAUUGCUAGCCAUGCUUCAUUGCCUAAUAUAUGGACUGCGUGGCAAGCUAUAACACCCUUGGUUGAAGAACUCAAUGCACUAUUACAAGAAUGGCCUGGUCUUUACUAUACCAUACAUGUCCUUUGUUCCAAGUGCCUUAAAAGAGGGUCACCCAACCCACACACCUUUCCAGGAGAGCUACUGAGUCAGUCACGUCCGGAAGGAGUAACUGAAAUCAUUUGCCCCAAAAAUGGCAGCGAACGAGUUAAUGUUGCCCUGGUUUAUCCUCCCACCCCGACAGUGAUCAGCCCUUGUUCCAAGUGAUCUCUACGUUUCCAGCUUGUCCACCGCAGUAUUUAUGAAUUUACGAAAAUAAAGAAUCAAUGAAAAAACUAAAAUCAAACAGCAACCAAAAAAAUGAACUGGGACCUCAUAGUAUUUUUCAAUGCAUCAAAAGCACAAGUCUAAUUAUUUGGGAGGAGAAGACUAACAACUUCAAAGCUUUAAGAGUGGCUUGGAAUACAUGCAAUGGAAUGCAGAACCUUGACACUUCUACAUGCUGCUCAGUGAUUGGCUGAUAUUUGCAGAGCUUUUUAUAUCUUUCCCUAACUGGCCACAGUAAACUAGGAUAACAACAUUCAAAAAGCUUUUCAAAUGGCAAACACAGUUUCUCUCAAAGACUAUCAGGAAGCCUGGAAAAUUUGGAGAAACCCAUCACCGGUUUAUUGCUGAAAGAGACUCGAAAACUUGCACCCGGGGACAAGUACUGAAACAACAAACAAAAACAAAAAACAACAUUUUAUUAUGCUGGAAAGACUUUUAGAAAGCAAGAAAAUGUAAUGGACAAAUGUGUGUUGCUGAGAUAUAAAAUGAAAGGAAUAUCACAUUGGUGUUUAAAUACUUAUUCUACAAAAAGUGAAUGGAAAUUCAUAGAGACGGCUUCUCAGGGAUUAUGCUUGCCAUGCACUUAUAAGCCAUACUGUGUAAAAUUGUUAGUAUUGUGAAGACAAAUUAAGCUUUUUGAGUGUAAAAAAAAAAAAAGAUUUCACUAAAGUUCACUGGUAUUCAAUGUGAACCAAAUGAUUGUCAUGUCCUUUUUUUUUUAUAACAUGCCAAGUACACGCAUUUUAUACAUCCCACAGGAUUUGUUUAGGUGUAAAAGAAAUGCAUGAAUUAUGUUGCCUUUUUUUUUUUUAAGUACGUUGAUCAAUGGCUGUAGUGCAUAAAUAGUAUUACUUGAUUUUCAAUGAAACCAAAAAAAUGGACUAUGCUUUGUUAAAAGACCAGAUUCAUCUUUUAUUAUUUAUAAUUAAAUUAAAAAGAAAAUGCAAACUACCCACAAUAAACACUUGUAUAAAAUUCCA